UGUGGUGAAGCCAUCAGAGCUGUUGACGGCAGCUUUCACUUCGCUGGAUUAAAGUACAUCUACUGAUGAAGUAGCGUCCCAAAGUAUCUUCACACCCAGCGGGAGGCAGAGAGAGUAGAUUGAGUUUUUCGGCCAUGGCUGAUGAAGAACAAGGAGUCACUCAACUAGAACUGGAGGCGGUUAUUGGCUUCAACGGACACGUGUUUUCUGGCUUGAAUGUACACCCUGACAGAGAGCACCUCAUCUAUCCUCUGGGAUCCGCGGUCAUUCUGAAGAGUAUCACAGAUGGCAAGCAGGAGUUCCUCCAUGGACACAAGAACAACAUAUCCUGUAUUUCAGUGUCCAACAGUGGAUCGUAUAUUGCCUCUGGACAGGUCAACCACGUCGGCUUUGAGGCUACAGUUAUUAUCUGGGACUAUACACAGCGAACAAUCCAUGCCGAGCUGACCCUCCACAAGACGAGGAUAGAGGCACUGGCCUUCUCUCCGAGCGACAAGUACCUUGUGUCCCUCGGGAGUGAGGAUGGUGGCCGCAUAAUCGUAUGGAAUAUUGAGACCAAGCAGGCCAUUUGUGGAAGCCCAGCUUCAGCUAGUGGUCAAUGCUUCACUCUGCAGUACUCGAAUACCAACGACAACAUCUUCGUUUCUGCUGGGAGCGGAACACUGCGAGUCUGGGAGCUGGACCUUUCCUACCGGGUGAUCAGGCCCACUGAGUGUCAGACAGGAAAGCUCAAGAGGAUUGUGAAGUGUAUAGAGAUCACAGAGGACGAUCAGUUAAUUUUCUGUGGCACUACCAGUGGAGACAUAAUGAAAAUCAACCUGAAUACGGGACGCCUGCGUGAGUGUGGUCCCGCUAAACUAAAAUACAGCCUGGGUGUCAGUGCCCUGAAAAUACUGAAGUCUGGGGACCUACUUCUAGGAUCUGGAUGUGGUACCAUCACUCUGUGUUCCAGUACUAACUUAAAAAUUCUCAAGAAAGCUAAGCUGGAAAAGGGGGUGACCUCCAUUGCUUUAAGAGGAGAAGGCAACCAGUUCUAUGUUGGGACAGAGGCUUGUCAGAUUCACUGCAUCAGGGACGUGGACUUCAAAGCUGAACUAAUGUCCAGCUGCCACACCAGUACAGUCAAGGACGUAGCCAUCCCUUUUGGAACUUCUGAAUUAUUUGCAACCUGCUCUGAGCAGGACAUCAGGGUGUGGCACAUUGACAAGCCUAAAGAGCAGCUGCGCAUAACUGUACCCAACAUGACCUGCAAUGCUCUGGACGUCAUGGCUGAUGGAAAAAGCAUCAUUAGUGCAUGGAACGAUGGUGAGAUUCGUGUGUUUGGGCCAGCAAGCGGUCGGCUCAUGCGCAUCAUUAACAAUGCUCACAAAAAGGGGGUGACAGCCAUCGCUGGCACCAAGGACUGCAAGAGGAUCGUCAGUGGAGGGGGAGACGGACAGGUGCGUGUGUGGGAGCUACAGACACAAGGCCAUCGACUACUGGAGACCAUGAAAGUGCACAGAGGCCCUGUGACUUGUAUCCAAAUCAAGAGCAACGACAGAGAGUGUGUCACUACCAGCACUGAUGGCUCCUGCAUCAUCUGGGACAUCGUGCAAUUCACGACUCUUCAGGUGAUGAUGAUGGCCAAAACGAUGUCUGCGGUGUGCUACCACCCAGAGGAACACCAGAUCAUUACCAGUAGCACUAACAGAAAGGUUGCCUACUGUGACGUGUAUGAUGGUGCUACCAUAAGAGAAGUGGAGGUCUCGCAGUCUGGGUCCAUUAAUGCUAUGCACAUCUCACAGGACGGCAAACACUUUGUGACGGGUGGAGACGACAGGCUGGUGAAGGUGUGGGACUACAUGGUAGGUGCAGUGACCCACGUGGGGGCACCUCACUCUGGCAGUAUCACCAGCAUCAAGAUCUGCUCCAACAACCGCACCUUAGUCAGCACUAGUGCAGAUGGAGCCAUUUUCCGCUGGAGGUUCCCUCAUCCGUCUUCCUCCUAGUGUGACACUCAAUGAAGUGGCAGGAACUUUUAAUCCAGUGCCACCACAUUCACAGUGAAAGUUAUCCAAAAUUAUUUUCUUUUUCUUCUGUAUUCUUUCCUCUAAAUUGGCAAAUACUGUCGUAGAAACUGUUCUUACAUUCUCACAUUGUCUUAAAUUGUUGCUACACUCUGACCAAAGGAAAUAAACAUAUAAA